AUGUUUGACAUCGACUUCGAGCUUGUCCCUGGCGCACCUACCUUUGUCCCCCAACUCAUUGCUCAUAUACGGGAGCGGGCGUCACCCUCUGUCCCGAUUGACCCUGUUCUCUUUCAAUCUCUCCUGCUGUGUCUCGUUGCAGGCGAAAAACAUUUAUUACUUCGUGCUCCCGACCGAGAUGUGCGUCUCGUGUCCAAACUCACAUUUCUGACCCUUUCCACUGUUUUUGGGUUGGCUACUCACAAGCUCAAAGUACGACCUCGGUCAACUAAUCCAUCUAAUGCAUCGGGGGCGCCAUUUCUACGUUCUUUGUUUCUACCUUGGAGUAGCCCGAUAGAAGCACAAGAUGAGCCAUUGUCGACGAAAGCGGCCCAUAAGCGGAAUCGAAGUAACUCGGCAUACAACCGUCCCUUACAACGCCCGAGGCGGCAGUCAGUCUCGAGCUCCAACGAACUGAUGGGGGCAAAUCCGUUUGGCGACAGCCAUGAAGCUUUACCCUCUACGACAAGUUCAAGUGGAAACCCUUUCUCGACUGUGCCACGUCCUCCGAGGAUCCGAACUCCGCUUCCCCACGCUUUCUCAGAUCCAACGCCCAUACGACCGAAAGCAGACAGAUCAUCUGCAUUGCAACCACGAGCGGUUGUCAUUUCAGGCCUGGAGAAUGCAACUCUUACCUCUCAGCGAGCGCUUUCUCGGGCAUUGGCGGAACGACGGGUAGUCUUGGAAGACGAAGAUGGCGAUGAGACAUACGAUGAAGUUUGGAAUCUUGCUGAUGGCUUCAUCAUUGUUUAUGUGUGCGCGUUUGAUGCACAUGAACGCCCGCCGAUCGAUAAAACACUGCUCGAUAAAUUCGCUAUGAGCGCGACCAUCACCCCGCAUCCCAGUGCUAGAGCUCUCCUUUCAGCUUCUUCUCGCAACUCCACGUCUCAUCGCAAUUCUCCAGCUCUCCAUUCUAGUCCUUUACCUCCAAGUCAUCCUCAACCGCACCAUAGCCACACAAUAUCACUUCCGAUUGGCCAUCACCAUCAUCUUCAUCAACCAUUGCUACAACAUCCACUUGUCCCAAGCGCCCUUCUCCAUGAUUUACGCUCAACUUAUCAUCGUACUUAUCUUUCACCAGCACUGAAUAUCUAUGCUCUGGACCUCUUUUCAGCUGCCCGACAUCAUCCUCAGCUGGACGCCUUGUUAUUGACGGCGAAAUCGGUCAAAGAUGUGCUUGACCUGGCGCGAGCUGGGCGUGUUAUUGGGGGGGACUUGACAGGAAUCGAGCUGGUGCGGGAUGACGCGGCCUACAUCUCAGCCAGGUCAGGCGACGGUCACAGCAAGACUGAAGGCGGCGAGAGUGAAGAUUCUCCCAAUGAGAAUGAUCUUGCUCAUCACUACCAAUCAAUUGAAGUGGUUGUAGAAGAGGAAGACGGGGCGACGACACCACCAGUGCAAGACGGAGCUCCUAAACUCCCGGUCUUGGAACUUAGUGAAGCAGACAUUGCGCGUAUCGCUCCCCGUGUCAUGACCCAUCGUUUACGGGUGCGGAAUGGCCCAUAUGAUGAGGUUCUGGGAAGCGCGUUGUUUCCUGCGGCUGGGUCUGAUUCAAAUGACCAGUUAGAGAGCCGGAGUACGAUAAAGGAGAUCCUCGUACGUAUUCUAGGUGAAGUCUGA